AUGAUUGCCAACAUCUCUAUAUUCUGCGUAUCUUCACUUCUACUUUUAAACUGGGUCGGUGCCAAACCAGUUACCAGUUUACAGAGUCUUAUGCAUUUGUUAGACGAAGAAGUGAACGCGCCGUUUGUGGAGUCGGAGAUGGAGCAGAAGGAUGCGGGAGCGCAGAAGAGCGCACUGGACGAGCGCGACGAGCAACCGUGGGAAUCAGACGAGCGCAACUCAGCGCUGGCGGGGAAAGAUCGCGCGUUCGAGCGUCUCCUGGGUGACUUACUGUCCACAUCCAAGCGCUCGUGGACUCGAUUCAAGAAAGGCGGGCUGAGGAGCUGCUUUGGGGUCAGACUCGAAAGAAUCGGGUCUUUUAGCGGACUCGGGUGUUAAGCGGAGGUAUGUUA